AUGCCCGUCAUACAACUUCCUCCAGAGCUGUACGACCACAUCAUCGACACAGUGCAGGAGGCCGUAUCAUGUGAAGCGCUCUGCGCGUGCGCUUUGGUCUGUCGCGCGUGGCGGCUUCGGGCCCAGCACCACCUCUUCUCGUCCAUCACCCUUCGGGACGUCUGCAGACCAAGAUCGCGACGGAGAGAUGCUCUGAUCAAAGCAAUAUCCGACUUUCCACAUUUUUCGCUCAAGAUAUUCACUCUUUCCCUCGUCCGAUGGGGUUUAGCUGAAGACUCUGGUCGCUGGGAGGCCCCCGAUCUCGGAUGGAUUGCGUCACUCACUCAGCUCCGCACACUCACCCUCUGCUCUCCGCACGCUCGCUGCACGACAGUUUCCAUGGGCGUGCUUCUCCCCAUACUCCUUGCCCUCUCUUCCCUUCAGUCUCUCUUCUUUGAUGGCGUCUUCAUUGGGAAUCGCACCCGCGCCACGGCGUCCUUUGUAUCGCCGCUCGUGGAGGAUCGACGUGGCACAGGAAGCCUUCAGCACGUGAAGUGCAAGGUCUACAUCCCCAUAUCGCUCAGGCGGUACAUAUACCUCGCUCCCAUCGACAUCCUCUUUAACCAGCUCGUCGAGUGCGGUGUAAUCACUCCCACCAAGUUCAAGACGCUGGAUCUCCCCCAACAUCUGCCCUGGGGCACCCCGCGGGCAUCGCAGGCGUUCAUCGCAUCAAUCCAGGAAUGGAAGAUCGAGCGAUUCAGCGCGAUAUUCGUCGAGCGGCGAUCCUUGGAGAGGCCCACAGCGCGGCAUGCGCACGACAUGUUGAGCGCGAUAGCGUCCUUAUCUUCCCUCCGCUCUCUCCACAUCCACUUCGUGGACAAGAUGUGCUUCGAAGAGUUCGUCUUCGACCCGGCCCACUUCCCGCAGCUGCCGUCCGCGUUCGUCGACUCGCUCUGCGCGCACUUCAUGCGGCCCGAUCCUCCCCACCCGGCCCUGGAGGAGCUCUCGUUCGCGUUCGUCUACCCCGCCGCCCGUCUCGCAGAGCACUGGACGCCGGCCUUCGCGCGUCUCGCGCGGGCGCUGUGCGACCGCGCGCUGUAUCCGCGCUUCCGGCGCGUGCGCGCGCGCUUCCUCGUGCGCGACGAGUCUUGCGCGUACCCGUGGCCGCGGGAGGUGGAGCCUUCGGUGGAGGAGGCGGAGAGGAACGGGGCGCUUCUGUUCUCCGCGUUUCGCGAGGGCGGUGCGGGGGUCGAGAUUGAGGUGGAGCCGUUCUGGGUCGAGGGCGCGGAGUCAUCCGACGACGGACUGGGAUUUGGGCCACUCCUCGAUUAA